GAGUAUGUUCGAGGACUCUGCGACCCUGAACUGCAGAAAGAGGAGUGGUAUCCAGUGGACAUGCACUGUAUUUUUGCUGGUGCCCGGGGCCUCUUCCUGGACAGGCUCAUACGGGACACAAGUGCUGAAGUUCUGGUGCCUGAGCCUGGCCGCCUGCGGUUGUUGGGCAGGGCUGAACCCGUAGUGAUGGCCCAGAGCAGAGUUCAGCAAUUCGUAGCACUAUUCCAGGAAAAACGAAGUCUACCAAGUGACAGAGAGCCUGCAGUGAAACGAGCGUUCAAGUCCUUUGUGGAGGAACGGGAUGAUAAAUACACUAUGGAGCUUCUCCUGCUGCCCAGUGCCCUGAAGGAAGAGUUACUGGGGCUGGCUCAUAGCCCCACUACCACAAACACAUUCUCCCUGGCUCAGCUCAACCAGACGCUGCAUCCCAGCAUGCCAGAGGUCGACCAGGACCGCUCACAGAGUAGCACCCCUGUGACGGAGCUCUCCAACCGCAUCCUGGACACCAGCUUCGAGGAGCGAGGGACCGGAGCGGCGUCUGUCUGCGGAGGCGGUAAAGCAGGAGGAGCGAUAGGCUUGGGUCCAGAGGCCGUCCUGCUCAACGGCACUCGGCCCUCGCACAAGCGGCGCUCAUCUGAUAGCGAGACUCGGGACACAAAGAGACAGUACUCUCUGGAGCGGAGGGAGGAGUCGCCGGAGAGAGCGAGAGAGCGGGAGCGACAGAAGGACAGAGAAGGCCGGGGGGCCAGUAGCAGCUGUAGAUCCAAAACCCCCUCUGCUUCAUCGUCCCUCUCCUCUUCAGCAAAAGCAAACACAGUUGUCGGUCCGAUCAUGUUGGACUCCAAUGAAGGAGUCUUUGAUGACGGGGAGACAGUCAGCCCAGAAACCAACCUCCGUUGCUUGGUCAAUUUCUUCAGAACCAUGGGCUACCAGCAGGAAGUGGUGGAGCGUGUUGUCAAGGACACGGGACAGACCGAGGAUACCUUCCUCGUUCUGGAGAAAAUCGUUGAGGAAACCAAGCGUUGUGAAGAGGGGUCAAAGGGAGGGGUAAAAGAAAGACUGAACUCUGUGCGUUCCCCAGACACUCCAUCCUCAUCAUCAUCGUCGUCCUCCUCCUCCUCUACGAUCCCUCGAUUCCCUCGAGAGAUGGAGCAUGAGCUGAGCAGGGCGUUCGUAGACCCGGGCCGGUCCAAAGAGAACAUUAAGCCCAACCAGCAUGGAGGCAGUAGUAACGGUCUGGGGCACCGGAGGCAGUGCAGCGGCAGCGAGACCAGCACUCAACAGGCCAUCACUAUCAAGAGGAGCUCUAGUGCUCAAGGAGGAGCAGGAAACUACGAGGUUAUUACCAUUGACGAUGAUGACGAUAUCAUCCCCACAAAUACCAAAACAGCCGAUAGUAGGACGUCCCGGAUGAUGAAAGUGGCAAACCUGGACACCCAGUCAGGAUCCAGGACAGACUACUUGGCGCGGGGAGGGGGCAGCGUCUCCCAGAGGGACUACCUGUCGAGAGGUGGGACCCAGACUUUGGGAGGAUCAGUGAAAGUUGAGAGUGUGACAGCGCUGCGCAGCACGCCUCAGUGGCAUACUGCCACCACCACGUCAUUAGCUUUGACCCCCAGUUCAGCUCAGACUAUCAGCCGGCCCGCAGCCUCUCCCUAUCAGACCAUCGGCCACAUGGGGUUCCAUGGGAUCGGAGCGAGGACUCCUCCUGCAAACGACCCCCCGCCGCCCCCUGUCACUGGUUUGGCUCGUUUCCAUCAGUCGCUGAGGACCCCCUACACUCUGAAGCUGCCCAAUGAGCCGGGACGCCAGGAGCUCAGACACAUCAUCAUAGAUGGCAGCAACGUGGCUAUGGCUCACGGUCUUCAUCGGUUCUUCUCCUGUCGAGGAAUAGCGCUGGCUGUGGAGACGUUUUGGAGGCGGGGCCACAGGGAGAUCACCGUAUUUGUCCCUCAGUGGCGUCAGAAGAGAGACCGACUCACAACAGAGCAACAUUUUCUAAACCAACUAGAAGACCUGAGACUGCUCUCCUUCACUCCCUCCAGAGAGGUCUGCGGCCAGAGGAUAUCCUCACAUGACGACAGGUUCCUGCUCCACUUGGCAGAAAAGACUGACGGGAUCAUCGUAACCAAUGACAACCUGAGGGACUUUGUCGACACCUCGGACACCUGGCGCAAGAUCAUUCAAGAGAGGUUGCUUCAGUUUACUUUUGUGGAGGACCACUUCAUGAUCCCCGAUGACCCUCUGGGGAGAAACGGGCCUCAUCUGGACAUGUUUCUGCAUAAAGACGGCAGGUAUGGGCUCCAGUCACCCCUCCCCCCUGAGACGCCAGACCUGCGGCCCGUCUCCCAGCAGCAAGAGGCGGUCUACGUCCAGGCCCUCCCCCACAGUCGGCUCCCCGCACCAGGCUCCCACGCCCCGGCCCUCCCCUCCCCUGAAUGGCCCCACCCCACCACAGCAUGGCCCCACUCGGGUCCUCCCGAAUGGCACCCGCCCCGCCGUUCCCCCUCGCCCUCGCCCUCGCCCCCUCCCCAGCGGUCGCCGGGGGAGACGUCGGAGCUGAAACGAAAGCUGUACGACAUCUUCCCCGACCAGAAGCAACGGAUCGACCGCAUCCUCAGCGACAACCCGUACAUGAGAGACCUGAACGCUCUGUCUGGGCUGCUGCUGGGAUAAACAGGCACAGCCACGAGAAUCAGCAACACACACACACACACACCCUCGCAAGAAUAAACGUGUCAGCAUAAAACUAAUUUAUUUUAUCAUUUCUUCCAACCCGGAGGACAUGCAAAGUUUGUUUUAAAUAUUAUUUUACAGAAAGACUGUCAGCUAGCUGCUAAUGGCUAAAAGUGUGUCUGAUUUAGGAUCAGUUUCUCUGUCCCGCCUCCUUUGCUUUCACGUUAAGAUUAAGUUAAACAACACUGGUGUCCACAGCAGCUAAAUGUUACACAAAUGCCAUAUUUGUCGAGUAGCAGAGUAUCAUCAUCAUCAUCGUCAUCGUAGCUCUGUGCCAACAGUCCACAGGGGGUCCUGGGGGACCGGCGCUGGGAGGAAACGUUUUGGACCAAGAGCAUUGAACUGGUCACAUGUGAGUGAGGCACAGAACCUUGGUUUACCGUCAGACUCCAACACCUCUCUGACACACAGACUGUCUACGCUUCCAGACGCUGACCAGUUACGCGUGUUUUUUUUGUUGUUUUUUUUUAAACUCACUCAUCUUGGUCUGGAACAGUGAAUCCACCGUGGGGUCGUAUCGGGGGUUUUGAAUUCAGUAACCGUGACAGUGUUCUUUCAGAAAGCAUGAUAAUAUCACUAGCUUCAGCAUCAUAAAAUCACUGUUAAUGACGUCAUGUUGGACAUUAAUCCCCAAAGAGCCAUGGUUUAAUACACAGCUUUAAUUUAACACAUUAAAAGCAUGAGGAAGGCCAGUAUGCUGAGGCUGUAUAGAGGGCAGGUAUGGCUGUGUAGUCUCAUUAUUUCUGAUUCUGUGUGUAUACAGGCAGAAUUAAUCUCACGUAGCAGCACUGCCCAUCUCUGUCCCCUCAAUGCUGUGGAUCCUGGCCUUCGCUCCACAUUAUGGCUUGUCUCAGUCCAGAUGAGGCUUUUAAACAAAUCCUUUCUAAAAUUUUAAAACAAUAACUAACAACAUAUUAAAGAAGGAGCCUUCUUUUUCAGUCAAAUAUAGUUUUUAUUAUUAUUAUUUUAUUUUUUUUGAUUGCUCACAUUAAUAAGCCCCCUCUCGUAGCUCUGUGCCGUUUUUAAUACACGCUUCAUGAGUGACCUCUGACCGGCUGUGGAAGAACUCAGGUGCUGAAAGUGAAUUUGCUGCUCUGUGAGGAGAGUUCCCGACAUCAGUGGUUCCAGUUUAAAGUGUUCUAACGGAGGACGCAGUCACCACUUCUGCUUCCUGCUGGUUUUUUUGUUCUGAGUUGAGUUGGAAGUUUAUCUGCCUCGGUUAGUGGGCGACGCAUAUGUCCAUCAGGCUGUGGAUGGAAACACUACAAGAGUUUGAGUUAAACGGCCCCACUCACAUUAGAAAUCACACGCCGUACGUUCACUCACCAGAAAACUAAAGACGACAGACUUUACUUUUGUAAUUAGUGUUUAAUAGACAAAUUUAAUGCACUGAAGGUAUGUGGUGGUGUAGUGAGUAAAUCAAUGAGAGCUUAUGGUUUUUUUUUACUCAUACACCCAGAGAAUGUGGGCCGCAGCUUGCAUAUUUGAUGUGCAUCUGAGUUUUGUAAAAUAUAAUUCCUUGUAAUAAAAGAAUAUCUGCACAAAAACUUUACAAGGUGUCAAAAAAUAAGUUUUGUUCGUAUUUGCGCUGUUGUUGUUGUGAGGAUUACUGAAGGAUUUCUUUUCUUUGGUUGUAUUAUAAUUAUUAUAAUCCUUUUUGUGUAUAUCCAUUUCUUUUUUGUAAAUACCAGCGUUUUUUGGCUACAGUGCACAUAUGGUUUUAUGUAUGUUGAAAAAUGAAAUAAAUGCGGCAGUCCCCAUAAAACUUUA